UGGCGACGAAGAGCAGUGAAGAUGCGUCUGUCCUGAACUGAAGUAAGAAAGUUGACUAUGACGCUUUGCCUGUGGUUUAUUGCGGUGGCCCCAGUAUGCUGCUGGGGCCAGGGGCCAGUGGACACAGGGGACAGUGAGGUUUUCCAGCCCCAGAGUGCCUUAAGUGACAUGGAGUUUGCUAGUGUGAGCUCGUACCGUGGCCCUGGAAACACUGAUUUUCGCCCCAAUAAUAAGCUGCCCAUCCUUCUGUGGUGGAGCUCCAAUCUGUUCCCACACUUCCCAGGAGACACCGAGCGUGUGGACUGUGCCCACUCAUCCUGCCUGGUCACAAGCAACCGUAAAGUCCAGCUGUAUCGCCGCACGGCAUCCAUAAUUUUCUACGGCACAGACUUCCGGGCGUACGAGGCUCCUCUGCCACGCUUGACCCAUCAGACCUGGGCGCUUUUCCACGAAGAGUCACCCAUGAAUAACUACCUGCUCUCCCACAGUGUUGGGAUCAGGCUAUUUAACUACACAGCCACGUUCAGGAGGGAGUCGGACUAUCCGCUGACGCUGCAGUGGCUGCCCUCUCUGGACUAUCUUCUGGAAGCAGCGGCAGUCCCUCUGCAGGAGAAGAACCGCUGGAGACGGGCCGGUCUGGCCCCUGUGCUCUACAUGCAGUCCCACUGUGAUGUGCCUUCAGACCGCGAUCGCUACGUUCAAGAGCUGAUUAAAUAUAUAGAGAUUGACUCGUAUGGUAAGUGCCUUAAUAACAAACCCCUGCCUGACUAUCUGGAGGACACCAGCACAGCCACUGGUGAAGACAGGCGCUUCAUGAGUUUUGUAGGCCGUUAUAAGUUCCACCUGGCCCUGGAGAACGGCCUGUGUCCCGACUACAUGACGGAGAAGCUGUGGCGCCCCAUGCACCAGGGCUGUGUGCCCAUCUACAGGGGCUCGUCGUCGGUGGCCGACUGGCUCCCGAACAAUCAUUCUGCUAUCCUCAUUGAUGAUUUCCCCUCUCCACGGGAGCUGGCGGAGUUCAUCAAGACUCUGGAUCAAGACGACGCAGAGUACUCGCGCUAUCUGGAGUACAAAACACCCAGCAAGAUCACAAACCUGCGUCUGCUGGAGGGACUGGAGAGCAGAGAGUGGGGCGUCAACGACAUGAGUAAACCAAACUACCUGAACGGGUUUGAGUGCUUUGUGUGCGACCGAGAGAACGAGCGUCUGGCGGCAGUGAAAGCCCACAGGAAGAACCCACAGCAAAACCUGCCGCCCCAACCAAAGAUGGCCAACAGCUCACACAUGGGCUGCCCACUGCCCAGUCCUGGAUAUGGGCCUGUGGAGGGUCUUGACCCAAAUGAUAGCUGGCUCCAGAUGUGGCCGCAGGACUACUGGCAGAGUCUGGAUCAAGCCGAGGGUUUGGAGUCACUCGUCAGACACAACGUGUCAGAUCCCUCGUUAUUGUGGCAGCACAUACAGAGCAUCGCUGUGAGGAGAGCCAGAGGCCGCUGAGAUGAGCCACCUGGGGGGGACGUCACAGAUCUAAACUUCCUCUGGCAGCUCAAGACUGAAAUAGUUCUGGAAACAAUCUGGCAGUCCACCCAAGGCUGAUGAGCCAUUUUUACAUCGUGAAAGUAAUUGGAGUUUCUAAUCAAAUAGAAACAAUCAAAUUAAUCUUAUUACUUUUAAAUGUUUCCCAUCAGUAUUUUGCAUUUUUUCAUAAUGAAAGUUCUUGAGCUAUAUGUUAAUCUGAAAGCUUCAGUGGAUGUUGAACAUUCACAGCUCACAAUCACUCAGGUUUGCUCAUAGAUGGAUAUCACUGCAGUUAUGAUGAACAAAGAAUAAUGGUUUGUUUGCAUGAGGGUCCUGAAGAGGGAAUCUCAUGAAAACACAUCAAGGUCAAGUUUAACUAAAGGAAAAAUCACUGCAUAAAGUAAAGCAACCCCCUCUUUGGACCAUUAAGAUUUUGGAUUAUAAUGUCUUUUGCAUUCGAGUUAAGCACAAAAUAUGUAAUUUCUCUUGAGUGGUUCAUGAGAUUCUCUCCCAUGAGACUCCUGGGACUUGUUUAUGUCUUGACUUGUUUAAAUGUGUGUGUACCUCAGUAUUUCUUAUGCAAUAUUUCUAUAUUUACAUUUUUUAUUGCACAUUCUUGUAACAAAAUAAAAGGAGAAUUCGACUUGAA